AUGGCAAAAAAAGCAGUAGCACCAGUACAACGAUAUUCAUCUGGUGACCAAUGUCUCAUUGCACUUCUUUCCGAGCCAGUAAAAGCAUUUAAACUAAAACCAUCAAAUACGCCGAAAAUUAAAAAAAGCGAAGAAUUACUUCGAUCUAUCAUCUAUAAUGAUUUAUUUUGCAAUGCUUCCAUGCUUACAUCACCAGCAAAGUGA